CUGCCCGACGUCUCGUCCCACCGAUUUCGCCACCCGCCGCCGAGUCGCGCCGUCCUACUCCCCACCCGGCGGCGCCGUGCAUUGCCCCAAGCCCCCAAGCUGGCCUCCCAGCCAUCCGCGCUUACCCCCUAUCAGCUCAGCUGCCCUCGUGCCCCCAUGUUCCAUGGCAGCAGCCGCGCGCGCUCAGCUUUCGCCCCGCAAUCCACGGCGGACCGGUCAGUCGCCGCACGCACACCGGCCCAAGCUCGCCGUACCGCCUCCGUGCGCAAAAGUGCCGCUGCCUUUUCUCGCCAACCGAAGAACGACCUCGGCUAGUCCGGCGAGAGGGAAUGGGAGGCCCCUCCUAAAUUUAUCCUCGGGGGUCUGCACGAGGUUUCCGGAAUGCGAGGAUGACGGCCUCCCCCGUCCACACGGGCGCACCCGUAGGGGCGCUGCUAUUCGCGGUUCAGCGCCAAGGCCAUUUCUUUUCGUCCCGUGUUCUCCUCCUCCAUCUCUGUGCCUCGCACCAAGUUAGGCGCCUCUCGAGCAAGGGCCGGUGUUGGGGGAAAGGCCUGGAGGGAAAGCAAUCGAUGCAGUUGCUGUGACAUGGUGAAAUUCAGGGAUUGCUCCUUCCUCAUCCUGUAUCCGUCAGAUGAAAUUUGACUAAGAAGGCACCAUGGAGAGGGUUGAGGUUGACGCUGACUUUAUUAUUGCCGGAAAUUGGAAGCUACAUGGAGAACUAUGUAAGAAACUUUACACUGUUGUUCAUGAAGUUUCGAAUGCCAUCCCUGCCCUUGAGGCUACAAGACCUGGAAGUAGUUCUGGACUUCUGGCAUUGAGUUCCUUGCGCAUAGCUGUUGAUAAGGCCAAGAAUCUACUUCAGUAUUGCUCAGAGUGUAGCAAACUUUACUUGGCUCUAACAGCAGAAUGUGUUCUUACAAAAUUUGAGAAAGCAAGAUACGCUCUUUUAGAAAGUCUUCAUCAGUUGGAGGAAACACUCCCAGAAGCAUUUAAUUCUCAGAUUCCAGAGAUUGCACAUGAGCUGGAGAACUCAAUUUUUGCUUUAGAUCUGGCUGAAAAACAAGCUGGUGAUGAGGUGAAACAAAUAAUUCAGAAUGAGAAGAAAUCUAAUGGAUUCCUUGAUGACAGUGAACUUGAAUUCUUUCGGCAAACUGUUUUGAGAGUUGGUGUUACAUCAUCAGCUGCAGCUCUUGCUGAGAGAAGAGCGCUUCGAAGACUUCUUGAGAGAGCCCAUGCAGAAGAAGACACGAAGAAAGAAUCAAUAGCAGCCUAUCUACUGCAUCUCUUGAGAAAAUACUCAAGUCAUUUUAGGAGUGAAACAAUGGAUUCCAUCAACUCUCAGUGCUCAAGUCCUUCAUGCUCCUUCAGUUCAAUAUCUAGCUCAGUUGAUCUCCAUGGAAAUGCCCCUGGUCUUGAGAAGCUCCUGCCUAGGUCUGGCUCCUUUAAUUUCAAACAGAUUAAAGGCUUAUCAGGGAGCAUGCCAUUGCCACCUGAGGAACUAAGGUGUCCAAUCUCCCUGCAGCUCAUGUAUGACCCUGUUGUCAUCGCAUCUGGUCAGACAUACGAGCGAGCUUGCAUUGAGAAAUGGUUUAACAGUGGCAACACAAGCUGCCCAAAAACUCGGAAACAGCUGUCCCAGCUUUCCGUGACACCUAAUUACUGCAUCAAGGGUCUGAUAACAUCCUGGUGUGAAAAAAACGGGGUUCCAGUUCCAUCCGCCCCGCCGGAAUCUCCAAAGCUCAAAUAUUUGCGGAUAACAUCUCUAAAAAGUAGCAAAUGCCUGGUGACUAAUGGUGUUAGCACGAUUUUGUUCGAAGAAACAGGCGCAAAAGAUGACAAGUGCAACACUGAUGCUGCUUUGGAGAAGUGCUCGAGUCAGAACUCCAGAGAGGCGAUAUCUGAGGGAUGCGAAGAGGAAGAAGAGGAGGUCUCUGUGGAGAAGUGCUCUUAUGAGAAUAACCCUGGAGAGGCUGCACCUGAGAGAUGUGAACGUUGGCUGCAUGUGCUGAACAAGGGUGGCGAGUGUAUCGAUGAACAGCGUGAGGUGGUGGAGCAGAUCAGGUUCCUGUUAAAGGAUGAUGAUGAACUCAGGGACUAUGUGGGUGCUAAUGGUAUUACUGAGCCGCUCACUUGCUUCCUGAAGAUGGCUGUCAGCAAAGAAGAUGUGCAGUCUCAGGAGGUUGGAACAAUGGCUCUUUUCAAUCUUGCUGUCAGCAAUAACAGGAACAAGAAGCAGCUGCUCUCAGCUGGAGUUAUCCCCCUGAUGGAGCAGAUGAUACAGAAACCAGAGACCUGUGAGGCUGCCGUGGCGAUGUACCUAAACCUCUCUUGCCUGGAGGAGGCGCAAGCCAUCAUCGGUUCGAGUGAAGCUAUCCAUUUCCUGAUCAGCAGCCUGCGCGAAGAAGGCGCCCAGAGCAACACCUGCCGCCUCGAUGCUCUCCUGACGCUGUACAACCUGUCCCUGCACGCACCCAACAUCCCGCUCCUCCUCUCCUCGGGCAUCGUCCACAGCAUUCACACUGUGCUGACGCCGUCGUCCUCGUGGACGGACAAGGCCCUGACCGUGUUGAUCAACCUGGCCAUGACUUGGGCCGGGAAGAAGGAGGUCGCAGCGAACCAGGCGAUCGUGGGCGACAUCGUGCUCAUCCUCGACAACGGGGAGCCAGCGGAGCAGGAGAAGGCAGUGUCAUGCCUGUGGAUCAUCUGCAACGGCGACGAGGGGUGCAGCCAGACGGUGCUCCAGGAAGGCGUGAUUCCGGCGCUGGUGUCCCUGACGGCGAACGGCACUGGCAGGGCCAAGGACAAGGCGCAGAAGCUGCUGCGGCUGUUCCGGGAGCAGCGGCAGCGCGAGCUGGAGCAGCAGCAGCCGCGCGUGCAGCUGCACGAGGUGGCGAGCCAGGCGGUGGCGGAGCAGGAGCAGCAGGAGCAGCAGCAAAUGCAGGAGGAAGAGGAGGCGGCGGCUGUGGCGGCGGAAGAGGCUGCUGCCGCGAAGGCGGCGGCAGAGCAGAGCAGCGAGAGCAGGAGGCCCCCGCGGCUGAGCAGGUCGAGGUCCAAGCGGUUCGCCAGGGCCUUCACUUGCCUUCUCAAGAAGUGGACGAUGCAAGGCGGCGGCGACAAGUGUAAACUGUAACAUCGUGUGUCCCCGUCUUCCUGCCUUGUAUAUCUUCGCCUCGCCUCGCCUCCUCCUCAUGUGUUGUGGUAUCGUUCACAUGCACUCACCAAUGCAUGUGUUCGUUAAACUAGCGAAAUUGUACAGAACUAAUUUCACCAUUUACCAUCUGGGAGAAGAGCUUGUCUCGUCCGAGUAAAA